GCUAGCUAUUAUAUAGUAGGGUGUCCUAACUUUUUCCUCAGAAUAUGCAUUUUUGUUGAUUAUAUUUGGUUUAAUCAGUAAAACAAUGUUAAUUUUUGUUGUUUGCCUGCUAGUAAAUCACUCUUUUCCAGAGAUAAAGCAAAACAAGAUUGAUAUGUGAACAUUUCUUCAUAAAGAACUGAAUAUUUAAUGGGGUUUCCAAAUUCUUCCACAUGACGUGGGGAAAUCCCGCUCAAUAUACGACCAUUUUGACUUACAAACCAAGUCCUGGAAUGACUUAAAUUCAUAUGUGGAGGUACCACUGUUUUAACUGUUUAGUUUCCCCGUUUUUAAAAGUAAUCAUUUGGAAAAGAAUAUAUGUCCUAUUAUUUUCCCUUUUGGAUUUAGAAACAAUUGGACUCGAUUAAAAAUUGCUUAAUAUAUAUUGCUAAUUUUAAACAUGCAAACAAAUGUUUCAAAAAGAAAAAUUUAAGAGAACAUUUGCCAUCAAGAGGCUCAUAAAAAGAUGUGGAAAAUUUUUAGUUCAACAUUGGUCUUCAGUAAAAUAUUCACUUGAAUGUCUAGAGCACAGGUGUCAAACUGAAGGUUCUGUAAAAAGUUUAUCAUAUUUUUAAUUUGAGGGGGGGGGGAGUUUAACUUUCUUGUUUUUAAAACAAAAUUUGGAAAGAAAGUUUUUUUUUCCCUCUUCCAAUUAAUAAUCCCCCCCAAAAAUUACAUAUGUGCCCAUAAAAAAAAUCAUGAAAAAUAAAUAUAUGAAUAUUGCUAUCAAGUGGCUAAAAAAAAAGUUGGCCACUUUUAGUUCAACAAUGUGUCUAAACAAUUCAUCAGCUAUCAAAAAAAGUGAUCAUAAAUCAAAUAAUUGCGGCUGCCCCAGUUGACAGACACAAUGUGGCUCUUGACAAUAAUGAGUUUAACACUCCAAUGUCCCCCCCACCCCCCAAGAGCUAAUUUCAGUCUUUGUUAUUUUGCCCUGGCAUUACCAGAAAUGUUUAAACAAAAAAAAAAAAAAGGUCUUUUCAUCCUUCUGUUGUGAAUUGAAAUGAGUUUAUCACUAUUGGACGCCAAUUCCGUUUGAAAUGGAAGGUGACACUACCCCUUCCACUUCAAGCGGACUGGACGUCAAUUGCAGACAAUGAGUUCAUUUUGAGGCAUUUCAGGUCAUUUUUCAGUCAUUUUCUGUUGAUUUUGAGGCAUUUCAGGGUCACUUACUGUUUAUUUAGGGUUACUGAUGGACGUCUGUGGCCGUCACUGGCAGCCAUUGAGUUAAUUUUGGGGCAUUUCAGGUAGUUUUCUGCUGAUGCUCUGUGAUUUCCUGUUGAUUUGGGGGCAUUUCCGGGUCACUUCCUGUUGGUUUGGGGUUACUGAUGGACGUCUGUGGCCGUCAAUAGCAGCAAAUGAAUAAAUUUGGGGGCAUUUCAGGUCAUUUUCUGCUGAUGUUCGUCACUUCUUGUUGAUUUUGGGGCAUUUUUGGGUCACUUCCUGUUGAUUUGGGGUUACUGAACUGGAUGUGACCUGUAUAUGCUUCCAAAAUCAACAGAAUGUGACCUAUGUUCUUUCAUCCCCUCUCGGUAAAAAUGAAUUGGACAUCUAUGGCAGCCAAUAAGUUAAAAUGGACACUAGCAGUGCAAAAUUUUGCUAGCAACCUACUGGUUUUUUUUUUUUAAUUUUUUAAUUUUAUAAUAAAUAAACAGUGACACCUUUUUAGAACGAUACAUCAAUUCUCAGCAGGAGCAUAUCAAUAACCUGUUGGGAUACAAAAUAUGAUAUAUCACCAUUUUGAUAUACUGUCACAUCUCUCAGACAAGGCAGUUCUUUUGAUGUUUUGGUUCCUAACCUGAAUGAGUUUCUGCCAUUUUCAAUUUUCUAGACCAGCCACACCCUGGAGGCUUCGCCAUUGCUUGAAUUUCUAUGAAUCAUCACUUCAGCCAACUUCAUUUUGUCGAAAAGGUUCUAAUGAAGUGUUUUACUUUAUUGAACAAAUCUGCUGGUAAUUGUGCUUGAGUGUCAGUCAUUAAAAAUGAACUCUGUGGUCCCAAAUACAAGAUUAGCCACAGGUAAUUCUUUCAACAAAACUUUAAAUACCUAUUCCUCUUCCAACAACCUACUAUUAACUCAAGCUUUAAUAAUGUGAAAAAAUAACUUGUUUUGUUAAAAAUGCAAAAUUUUUGGACAUAAAGGUUUCUGCCUGACAAAAGUCACAUACCUGUACUCUGUGGUGAGAACCUCUGUACCUCGUGAUACGCACUACAAGGCUCACGAUAUAGCUAUACAACAAUGAUGGUGGUCACGGAAAUCUUUGGACGAUAUUCUCCAAUACAACUAAUUAAAAAAAAGCUAUUCUUAUGCUUCUGUGAAUUUCAAUGAGGAUCACUAGUAGAUAUCCAAUCGAAUUGAACGUCUAUGUCCGUCAAUGGCAGCCAAUGAGUUAAUAUUGGGGCAUUUCAAGUCAUUUUCUGUUGAUUUGGGGGGCAUUUUCUGCUUCACUUCCUGUUGAUUUUGGUUCAUUGACCAGGUCACAACCCAUAAAUCCCCCAAUAUGAAUUAGUGAUUCAAAAUUAAAAGGAAGUGACCUGUAAGACUGACUGGUUUCAGCGUGUUGACAGUCUUUUGAUAUUAUUUUGAAUGAGCAAUUAAUGUAGUCUAGUGCUGCAAAGAUUAAUUGAUUAACUGGAGUAAUCGAUUAGAAGAAAAGGUUUGAAUCAAAUUUUGCUGCUUUGAGUAUUCGUUUAAUUAGAAUGGCGUUGUAAUACUUUGUUUUGAAAGUUUGCAUUGUUUUAUUGACUUGGGUGGAUACACUGCCCUCUAGUGGCAACAGUUAAUGGACAUACAUAACUAGUCAAACAGUUUAAUCCAACUGCUCCCCUGUUCAGGCCAACAUAUGGUGGAUGUUUAUGACCAACUAUUAGGAAAUAAAAACCACUAAAUGGUUCCAUACCUUCGAUGUUUGGGAUGCGUCCAUGGCCUCUAAGACGCAGCGGAAAGUGAUGGUGUUUGAUGACGGUGGGGCGGGUAGCCCCGCAGCCGCACCUAGUGCUGACUUUGAUCCUCGUCGAUUUGGUCAGACGGGGCAGGGCGUACGAGGCUCAAGUGGAAAUUGCAAAGACACCUCCAUGACGAGCCAAACCGAUGUGCAGUCAGGAACAUCUGUCGGCACACUUGCUGCGACAAAACCUCCCCGAGGUGAUCUCCUGACAGCUAAGAGUACCCACAAAGGCAUUCAAGUGACCUUGGAUAACAACAACAUGUGGAAUGAAUUCUUUAGUUGUAAAACUGAGAUGAUUCUGACCAAGCAAGGCAGCAGGAUGUUUCCGUACUGUCGCUUCCGUAUCUCGGGAUUGCAGCCAUCCAGGAAAUAUGUUUUAAUGAUGGACAUUCAGCUGGUAGAUCAAAAUCGUUACAUGUGGACUGGCACCUGCUGGCAGGUAGCUGGGAAGGCAGAACGUCACAUGACAUGUUUGCCUUUUGUGCAUACGGACUCACCUUCCACAGGUCAGCACUGGAUGCAGAAUCCUGUUUCGUUUUACAAACUAAAACUCACCAGCAACACAGCCGAUCAGGAAGGCAAUGCAGUCCUGCACCCAAUGCACCGGUACAUGCCGCGCCUGCAUGUGGUCCAGACGGAGAAAGCUGCUAAAGACAUUAAACUGAAUGCCUCAAACGUUGCCACGUUCACAUUUCAACAGACAGAGUUCAUGGCUGUCACCGCGUACCAUAACUCCCAAUUUGCUCAGCUGAAAGUGGAAUACAACCCGUUUUCUAAGGGUCUUCGAGAGGAUGGUGUUGGUUCCCUGGGCCUGAAGGUGAAGUCCAACCACAGUGAAGCUGCAGCAACCGCUCAGCAGCAACCGCUAAAGAGAAGCUUGAAGUCCUUGCUUGCGAAUCAUAAAGCUCGAAGCUCUACUACACUAAAAUCAGCUACGUUUCCGGAGACUGAUUGUGUACAGGAUCCAUCCUCAGGAUCUGUACCCAAGGUUGUGAAGAGCAGUACCUGCAGCAAAUCUCGGCUGGCAGAAAAAUUUAACGGGGACCUCAUUCGAGAAGCGCACAUUUCCCUGACAAGAUGCAAUGUGGACUCUUUAACUGUCUCGUCAACUUUUAAGGAAACCAACAGCAAAUUUAAUGCUGCAACAGCCAGUAGCCAAGAUGCUCAGAAAGCUGACAAAACGUCCAAAAAGUCUUUAUGUGAAUCUCCAUCGCAGGAAAAGAGUGGCAAUGCACAGGGAAUGGUUGUUUGUGAAACUAAAUCUCAGUCAGAAGGGCAGUUAAAGACCAAUGUGAAACGUCCUCUUCCUCUUCCAGCCCUGGCUCUGUUCCUGAAAAAACAUUCCACAAAAACCAAGGCAAUCAAGAGCGAACUGAAAUCUGCCUCAACCCCAGUUCUCGGAGAGGUCCAAACUGGAACAGCUUCUUCUAAUCAGCACAGGAACCUAUGUUCAGAUUUGAAACAUGACAAUUCUAUUCCAGGGGAAUCGGGCAAAAGUACUGAAAACGAUUUUGGGAAAGUAUCUUCUCUAAAUAUCUUUAGUCUGCCUUUUCAAGACACUGCAGCCUUUCCAGAAUCAAAAGAAUCAGAAACUAAUGAUCAUGGACUGGUAAACUCUGCCCCUGAGUCAAAAAAAGGAAGGGUUGAAGAGCGACUUGCUAACCACAAGACUUUUAUUUCUUCUACUCAAACUACCUCAUCGCCAUCUGUUGUUUUGUCUCCACUGUUGGAUACUAAUUUAGAUAUUCCACACAUGCCACCCGCCCUGUCAUCAGAGACCAAAUCUGGUGAUUUCCUUCCUGACACUCCCUGUUCGCCAUUUGGCUUUACCCCUUUGUCUCCCUCAAGUUCGCCAGAGCCAUUACCUUCCUUACCUGCCACCUUUUCAUUGGAACUAGACUCUACUUCCUCUGGACCGCCUGAGAAUUUGCAGUUAAGCAAAGAUUCUAGUCCAUCUGUCUUCAAGUGGCAUACAGUUUUACCUCCUCCUGAACCCUACGUUGACCCUUCCUUUGAGGUCUUUCAUCCUAAAUCACAGAGUGUUCCACUGGGAUCCUCCUUGUCGCCUUCACGAACUCCUGCUAAUGAUCCAUCCCAGUCUCCUGCCCCGAACCGUUUGGAUCCCCCCAGUGUCGAUUCUCUUCCUUUUCAAGAAAGCGAACAGCCACUACCUUUUCCAGGAGAACUGUCUCCCCUUGCACUUCCAUUGACUCUCUCACCAACUUUCUCCUCUCUGGACGGAGACGCUUUGUCGCCAACGCCUUCCAUCGCGGACCUAGUGCAGUUUUUUUCUGCGGAGGAGAACCUCGGAAUCGGGGUGGAGUUUCCGAGCGCAGACUUGCCGGCGCCUCCGUGUUCGCUUGAAGUUUCUGAAGAAGCUCAUGCAUCUGCUCAUCUGGCGCAUGCGCCAGCGGUCCUUUCCCCAAAAUCCCUGAAGGGCAAAAAGAAGCUUCGUCGGCGAAAAAACGCCAUGUGCAAUUUGGAACCAAAGACCGAUGACACUGCCUACACGACAAUGAAACCUAAUCUGGAAGAAGUGGAGGAGCAGCUUUUUAUCUCCUUCACUUCCAAGGAGGCACUUAAACUUCAUAUCGCUGAUAGCGAACAGCGAGAAGCAAACAGCCAGCAUGUUGCACCGUCAGCAGACGUUCCUCCGCAGCAGCCCACUGAACAACAUGAUCAUGAAGCGACCAUUUCUGCCUUUGAGGAUGUUCUUCGCAAAGACGUGAAGAUGAUGAAGCACCAUCAAGUCAUUCACCCAGUGCUACAGGAAGUUGGACUGAAGAUGAAUCUGCUGGAUGCCAGCCUUUCCAUUGAUCUGCAGUACCUGGGCGUCCGUCUGCCCAUACCACCUCCUGGUACCACUAUAGAUGCUGGUAGCCAGGAGCUUCCGACAUUACAGAGCACUUCCGGAUCGUUUGUGUCCAGAACGGGUAAAACAACAGACGUGACGCAGAUUAAAGGUUGGAGAGAAAAAUUCAGUCCAUCGGAACCUUCAGAGACUCCCUCACCUUGCAAGCCUGAAGCGUCUGCCAGCUCUGAGCAGCCCAAGAAGAACCUGUCGGCUUUUUGCAGCGACAUGCUGGAUCAGUACUUGGAGAGCGAGGCCAAGCUGAUCGACCAGCGCGUGGCCAGCUUUUCCCAACCGCCGGGGGAUUCGCUGCCCGUCUAUGAGCAUCCCGCCAGCAGCACCAGCUACGUGCGCACACUCAACAGCGUCCUCAAGAAGCAAAGUCCCGCCCCGGCAACCUCGGAACUCAUCUCCGGCUUCAUUCCGCCCUCAAAGAGAGCCAAAGCUCCCCUCAGGCAGCUCAAGGUCUCCAAGAAAGUUGUAAGAAAACCCAAGAGAUUCAAACCUUCAGUUAAUCCCAGUACAUCGGACUCUUACCCAUCAGUUGGCACUUUGAGAGAUAGCCCCCAGAACUCGGCGCUCCUCGCAGAACCGCUAAAACCAAAUAAUCCUCCUCCUACAGUACAACCUAUGACAAACACUCAAUUGUCAUCUCCUAUGCAGUCCCCUCCCGUUGAGAGGAAAAAAAGAUUCAAACAUAUACCCACCCACCUGCAGUCAAACCCUGAUGGCGCCAACCUUUCUGCUUUCCUGAAACCGAUGCUGACCCGAGGCCUGCUGAGGCAGAAAGACCUGGAGGACAGCACCAUGUGGGGUGGGCAACCUCGCACUUUCAUCACUGAGGAGAGGGCCUCCAUAGCUCUGACAUCGCUUUUCACCUUGAAGGGUUUCGUGAGCGACAACCCUACCGCCCCCAUCCAACUGCCCCACAGGCCGGAGCACGCCUGCUUCAACGAUUUCUGCAGGCUGGGCUGCGUGUGUAACAGCUUGGCCCACACAGCCCGCUUCAGCCACUGCGGGCGGCCGCAGUGCAUGCUGGGUUGCAGCUGCCUCAAGCAGAAGGUGGUUCUGCUUAAGAACCUGGAUGGCUCUGAUUCCAGCCCCUCCAGCCAUGGCGGCAGUAAGAGGAAGAAGAAAAAGAGGAUGAAGAUGGCCUACAUUCUGAAGGAAGCGGACAGCGUCUCUCAGCCCGCUGAACGUGUGCGCACUCUCUGGAAGACGGACAACCAAGAACUUGAGCUUGACCCUAUCCACAUCCCAAAAACAUCCUCAGUUAACCCCUGCACCACCUCCACUACAAUAUUGUCAAAGAAUGAUGACGGAAGCUGUGCCCGAGUAAGAAGAUUUGUCGGAAAGUCUACCACAAAAGAGAAGUCCAGACACCGAAGUUCCAGUGACUCAUCCAGCAUGUUCCUCCAGAAACCGCAUAGGAAACCUAAACGUUGCAAGAUGAAAUAUCGCAAUAAACUCAAAGCUCUGCAUCCCGAACGGAAGCCACCUCAGCCAAUGGCAUCCACUCAAUCUCUGCCGGCUCCAUCCAGUCAACCUCAGCCAGUUCCACCCAGUGAACCUCAACCACCUCCAUCCAGCGAAACCCAGGAUUUCCCAGAUGAAUCAAAGGCAUCCAAACGUCUGACCAUUCUCACAGAGUGUCGUUGGAGAUGUGACGAGGACCGCGAACACGUGCUGAAGAUACUGUGCGAGGCCAUGGCACAGAACCAACUCGACAAAACUUUCUGGACCAGGCAGUACCAGAUCAAUCCCAUCAGUCAGACAGUAGAAGACUGUGGCACUAUACAUUACAAAGUCCUCGUCAGCAAACACGUUAAAGCUCAGCAGGACAAACGCACCUGGCCGGUGCAUGAGCCUGUGGAGGCAUGGCAACGUGAGGUGACAGAGCAGGAUUUUGCUGAUGACUGGAGUUAUGAAGUUGGCAAAAGCGACACAGAGGAAGAGUCUGAGGCCUCUACCGGACAAAGGCUCUCCGGAAACGCGCUGACAGCCAAUGGCGAGCACACCGCCCAGACAGGUCUGCCCUUCUUCAACGGAGUCUCCACUGCUGGGCAUCUGUCAGCCAACACGCAGCCAGCGGAUGGAGGAUACCCAAUCAAGGUGAACGGAAAAAUGUAUCCUGUAGCCAAGAUCCAGUUGGGCGAAAUGGGAGCGCUGCACCCUGCCAACCGUCUCGCGGCAUAUCUGACGGGCCGUGUGGCGGCUACCAAGAAGCAGGUUCCCCCAACCAUACCCGAGCCUCAACGGACAUCUUCCCCCUUCUCUGUUGUGACUUGCGCAACCGCCACCUCCAAAUCGGUCUUCACGUCCACAUCUACAUCAGUGUCAGCCUCCGCCUCCUAUUCGAACACCACCUCUACAUCGGUCUUUACGUCCACAUCUACAUCCACGUCGAUGUCCGCCUCCACCUCCAAGUCGAGCACCACCUCCACAUCGAACACCACUUGCAAGUCAAGCACAACAUUCACCACCACAUCCACGUCGAGCUGCACCAAUACUUCGGCCUCAAAAUCAACUGCAACUGCCAUCCCCACAUCAGUUACCACCUCCAAGUCAAGCGGCACUACUAGUUCGACCUCAAAAUCAACCCCCAUAUUAGUCUCCACCUCCAAGUCAAGCGGCACUACUACUUCGAUCUCUGAAUCAACCGCCACAUCAGUCUCUCCUUCGAAGUCAAGCAGCACUACUACUUCGACCUUAGAAUCAACCACCACAUCAGUCUCCACCUUUACGUCAGCCUCCCCCCUCACUUACAUCUUUGUCCCACCGCCACCAACAGGGUCUGUCAGGAUUCAACCUCGGCACCCCCGCAUACCGAUUCCAACCCCUCCCCACCCCAGCAUUCCCACCUCCCCUGGUGUCCGGAUGAUUCUGCGACCAGUGCAAAGCCCGAGCAGCGUUCGCUACUACCGUAGACCAGACGGCAAACUGUUCCAGCUGAUCCCCAUCAACCAAUUGAGACCAAUCGACCCUGCCAAGACCAGUCCCACGACAUCUGCAAGCGGCAUUGUUGGUCCAAUACCAAUUCCACCACUUGCUGCCUCUGACCUCUCUGGCUUCAAGUCUUUCACGACCGACCGCUCUCCUGCACCACUCUGCCCAGAUAACACAUCUCUGAGUCAGAAGUUCACUUCCUUCAGAAUCACUCCCGCCACCUCCACGAAAAACUACGUUCCUACCAAGUUGACCACCGCCGUUACCGAGCCUGCCAAGUUGACCACCCCCGUUCCCGAGCCAGUUCCCUCCAAAGCCGUUGCACCUGUUACCUUCGAGAUCGAGGCACCCGUUCCUGCCCCUGACCUCAUCAUCUCAGAAGUCCGCAGCAUACAACCAGAGAUCGGACCCGCAAUCCUUCCGGAUAAUCCGAAAAAUGCAACUGCGCAAAUUCCCGGCGAGACUCCUGUAGGGCCAAAAGUCACACCCCUACUGUCUCCUUUAUCACCGGAGCCUGCCAUGGGCUUAGCGGAUUUAGACGUCUGUGUUGUUGACGACGUGGACAUUCUGCAGUCCAAGGGCGUCGUCCAGGAAAUCAACUUGAUAGACUCCACCGAUGACACUGACAACUCGUCUGACUUCGAGAAGGACAACAGCGACCAGAAUAAAGGCUGCCCAGUGGAUCGGAAACAAGUUCGCUCAGCCUCAGCGAAGAUAGAUCGGCACAGGCUAGCCCAGUUGACUAAAGAGUUAAAGGCGGAACUCCAGCUGGGUCCCUUCAUAUCCAUCGCUGCCACGCUGCACGAGGCUAUCCAGGUGAUUGAGAAGCUCAAAACUAAAGAAAAGCGUAUGAAGAGGAAAAAAUUGGCGCUGACCAGGCAGAGGGACCGCUUGAUGGCCACCCUUGCUCCUCCUCCUGAAUGUGACAGCCACCAUAACACCUCCCAGACAGGUAGUUCAGACAGGCUGGGAGAUGAUGUCCCCAAAGUGACCAAUCACACUAACACAAGCAACAGUGCCCCCAUCAUCAUUUCGGACACAUCUUCUUCCCCCUCGCCCUACCGCGUGCGGACCACCUCGACCGUCACCCCGGCAACCGCCGCCCCAAGCCGCCGGCGGACCCAUCACCAGUCCCUGGGCUCUUCUAGUGGUGAUGACAUCAUAUUUGUGGCCUCCACUCACACACUCCCGAAGGAACAAGCGCCUCCCCAUCCCAGCCCGGUCACCCCGCCCCCAGCCCUGCCAAAAUCCACGCCCGCGGCCUUCCACGGCUCACCAAUGGCGAGGCAUCGGACCAAGACCGUGCCUAACAUCUUGAGUCGAAGCAAGUCUCAAGGCCACGUCUUUGAUGGGAGUGGUAAUCUCAGCAGCUUCCAGACAGUCUUGCCCACUGAGCUUCUGUCGGUGGUCGGGGCCACGUUGCCGGGGCAACCCUUCCUUACCCUCACUCCACUCAUGACGCAACACACGCCGCUGCCUUUUUCUUCUACAGAAAACGUGACCGCAGUGACCCUCAACCUCCCCACUUUUCCCAAUCAGCAGCAGCAGCCGGACUCCACGCCCCAUCCUCCAACAGAUCACAACCAGCUCUGCUCAUUUCCCACCACGCCACAACCGGCAGAGCUUCCCAUUGCCGCCCCACCGCUGGAAUCGCCGCUGUCCCCCAAGGACGAGGGCUCAGGACUAAAUGGCCAUGCUCUGGCUCCUCCCCCAUUGUUACACAUGAAGGCGGGCGGGGUGCAAACGGAGCACACGCCCCCCGCAGAGACGCCGGCGCCCGACGGGGUGGCGCCCCAGUGCGAGGAAGCAUCCUGGAGGCCCAUGCCUAAGUUAGUUCCACUGGGCCUUCGGGGGGCUCCGCCCACGUGACGAGGUCACAAGGACCUUGGUGGCCGUUUUCUGAAACUUUGUUGCUAAAGUUUUAUUUUUCUACAUUGUAAUUACAUAAUGGAUGUUCGUAACACUAAUUUAAAUAAAGUUU